AUGGCAACCGCGCUCUUCACCGUCUUCCCUCGGCUUCCGGUCGAAAUCCGGCUGCAGAUAUGGCACCUAGCUCUCGUACCCGACCCGCCCGGGCUCAUCCUGUUCUGUUUAAAAAAAGGGUGCUGGUUGCCCCGGCGCCUCAGCGCGGCCGACCCUCAUUUUGACCCGGCUCACGACGACAUGAACCUGGCCGUCGAGUUUAGGCACGAGCUACUGAACAAAGCUGACUUUUCUGUGUCGCUGGCUUUUGUCAGUCGCGAGGCCCGCCGCGUUGCCUGGGCUUAUGUAGCGUCCCAAAAUCUCCGUUAUACGGACAGUGUCUCGGGUGUCUUCCAGCGGGGGUACGAUCCCACCCGCGACGUUCUUUUUGCGCCGACCACCGGUAUCCUUCACGGCUUGCUCACGGAGAGUAGCAAAAGGUUGUUUGAGCCGGAUCUAUUGAUGCGCGGCGUCGAUUGCCCGUGUCCGGAAAUCUUCCGUCUGGCAAUUACACGGGAUGGCCUCGCCUGGCUGGCGGCGCUGCAUUUCUGUGAGCUCUGGGACCCGUUCCUAGCUCUUGAGACUCUCUAUGUCAUGGUAAACGUGCCAAAGGAUAUCCAGACAUGGCGAGCGGGCCGGCGCUGGGAGAUUGUGAGUGCUCACGACACGGCGUACAUGUGGGAUGCAAGCGCGCGCCAGAUGGUAUGGCGUGGCGAGCACAGCAUUGACGGGCCUCUUGGCCAGCUUUUUGCGCAGAUGGAGAGCUGCACAGCUGGGCUAGACGAGAAGCUUGUUGAGAUGGGAAGGGAUCGAUUUGAGAUGCGUGCCGUGUACGCAGUUGAAAGAUAG